GAAAACUGUACUCAAACUGGAACGUGCGCGUGAGUCGCCCGGGAUCUCGGGACCAGGCCCCUUCUAGUUCGCUUUGGAGUUGAGUGAGCACCAUGCUGAGCCGGAGCAUGGAGCCGUGGGGAGCGCGGGCGCCGUGACCGUGACCGGCAGCUGGUUCUCACCUGGGUCCUCUUGGUCAAGCUGAGGCGGCUGCCAAACCACCUGAGCCCGGGCAAGCCCCUGACAGGCGCUGCAGAUCCGUCAAUGUAACUGGAAGAAGGAGCCAAUGGCUUUAGCUGGCUGCCCAGAUUCCUUCUUGCACCAUCCGUACUACCAGGACCAGGUGGAACAGACGCCCCCCCUCAGUCCACGAGAUCUGGCAGGACCUGGCUUCCCUGCCCCGUCGGACCGGCUCACGAAUCACCAGGAGGAUGACGUAGACCUGGAGGCCCUGGUGAACGACGUGAACGCGUCGCUGGAGAGUUUGUACCCGGCCCGUAGCAUGCAGUCGGAGACGGUGCCCCUGCUGCAGAACGGCCAGCACGCCCGCGGCCAGCCGCCAGCCUCGGGAACAAGGUCCCUGCAGGCGCAGCGUUCCCAGCCUGUGCACAUCCUCGCUGUCAGACGCCUGCAGGAAGAAGACCAGCAGCUCAGAACCUCGUCUCUGCCGGCCAUCCCCAACCCCUUCCCUGAGCUCUGCGGCCCCGGGAGCCCGCCGGUGCUGACGCGGGGCUCCUUACCUCCAAGCCAGGCAGCUGCGAAGCAGGAUGUGAGAGUCUUCAGUGAGGACGGGACGAGCAGAGUGGUGGAGAUUGCUGCAGACACGACGGCCAGGGACCUGUGUCAGCUCCUGGUUUACAGAAGUCACUGUGUGGACGACAAUAGCUGGACGCUCGUGGAGCACCACCCGCACCUGGGGCUAGAAAGGUACCUGGAAGAUCAUGAGCUGGUGGUCCAGGUGGAGAGUACCAUGGCAAGCGAAAGCAAGUUUUUAUUUAGGAAGAAUUACGCAAAAUACGAGUUUUUCAAAAAUCCUACGAAUUUCUUCCCAGAGCAGAUGGUUACUUGGUGCCAACAGUCAAACGGCGGUCACAACCAGCUUUUGCAGAACUUCCUGAACUCCAGUAGUUGUCCUGAAAUCCAGGGGUUUUUGCACGUGAAGGAGCUGGGGAGGAAGUCGUGGAGAAAGCUGUAUGUGUGUUUGCGGAGAUCGGGCCUUUAUUGCUCCACGAAGGGGGCGUCAAAGGAGCCCCGACACCUGCAGCUGCUCGGGGGCUUGGAGGAGAGCAGCGUCUUCUCUCUGAUCACCGGCAGGAAGCAGUACGGCGCCCCCACCGACUACGGCUUCUGCAUAAAGCCAAACAAAGUCAGGAACGAGACGAAAGAGCUGCGGUUGCUGUGUGCCGAAGACGAGCAAGGCCGAACGUGCUGGAUGACGGCGUGCAGGCUCCUCAAGUACGGGAUGCUACUGUACCAGAAUUUCAGGAUCCCGCCACCGCGGAAGGCCUUGCUCCCCUCCUUCUCCACGCCAGUGCGCAGCGUCUCUGAGAACUCCCUCGUGGCGAUGGAUUUUUCUGGGCAAACAGGAAGAGUGAUCGAGAAUCCGGCCGAAGCCCAGAGCGCAGCCCUGGAGGAAGGCCACGCCUGGAGGAAGCGAAGCACACGGAUGAAUAUCCUAGGCAGCCAAAGUCCUCUCCACCCUUCUACCCUAAGUACAGUGAUUCAUAGGACGCAACACUGGUUUCAUGGCAGGAUCUCCAGGGAGGAGUCCCACCGGAUCAUUAAGCAGCAGGGGCUGGUGGACGGGCUUUUUCUCCUCCGAGACAGCCAGAGCAAUCCAAAGGCUUUUGUGCUCACACUCUGUCACCAUCAGAAAAUUAAAAAUUUCCAGAUCUUACCUUGCGAGGAUGAUGGGCAGAUGUUCUUCAGCCUUGAUGACGGGAACACCAAAUUCUCCGACCUGAUCCAGCUCGUUGACUUUUACCAGCUCAACAAAGGAGUCCUACCUUGCAAACUCAAGCACCACUGCAUCCGAGUGGCCUUAUGACCUCACAUUGACUCUUGGCUGAAGACGGGAGGAAGCUGACACUGGAACGGGGACGGGGGUGGGGGGAGGGGUUUUGUGCGUCGCCAAGGACCCACGUCUGUUCUGCACCCCGGGGAGCGGGGUCCGUCAGGGCCCACCCACCAGGAUGGACUCGGGGCUGGACUCGAGGAACGAUUUGCUGCUGCAGAGCCAACGGGACCGCCUCCCUCCGCGCCGGCCAGGUUCGGGGAGGCGGGAGAGCGCGAGCGCAUAUUGGAGGAAAAAAACGGGAUCGAUCGUCUUGGCUGGGCCACGUAGGAACGAGAACCGGAGACACGUAAUUGGAAAUGAACUCUUGCCCUGGAAUAAUCUUGACAAUUAAA